AUGUCAACCCCGCCCCCCGAUCACUACCUGACCUUAGGAGUGCCGAAGGAUGCUAAGCUUCCCGAGAUCCGGAGUGCUCAUCGGAAACUCGUCCUCAAAUGCCAUCCAGAUAAGGUGCAGGACGCCGCGCUGAAGGCCGCCAAGCAGGAUGAGUUCCAGAAGGUCCAGGCCGCCUACGAGAUCCUCAGCGACGACACCCGCCGCGUCCAGUACAAUGAGCAGGUCAAACUCUUUGAGCUGAGGAAGGAGAUGGGGCGUGGCAAUCCCACUGCCCGAAGCAACCCUUUCGAAUAUGAGGUGAGGACGGCGGAGCCAAGGGCGAACUCCUACGCUCGACCAAAGCCAUCGCAACCGUCACCAAAGGUCUACUCCCACACCCCGCCUCGAUCAUACGAGGAUGUGGUGUAUGAAGAGCCGAGGGUGACCCCCAGAAAAACAACCACCUACGAGUCCGCAGAUCGAAAGCGAUCUUCGGCAAAGGACGACGAAAGGAGGAGAAACGAGGAAGACGAGCGGGAGCGGGAGCGGGUCAGACAACGGGCCGAGAAGGAAAGCAGACGUGCCGCACACGGGGAGAAGAAGAAGUCGCGCGAUAAAGAGAGGCGGAGAGGGACUGAAGAGAAACAUAGUCGAACUGCGGGUGUCUACGUGGACGAUGACGACUCGGACGAAUAUCGAUAUGCAUCCCGGUCAUCAGAGAAGAAGUCUAGUCGACAUAGGCUGGACGAGGAAUUCAGACUUCAGAGGGAAAGGGAAGAGGCGGCCAGAGACGCGGCGAGGGCUCAUGAACGGGCUUCCAUCAAACCGGCCCCCCUGGACCCGAAAUGGGAUAAACACAUGGACUUUGCUGGGCAAUACAUGCAGGCUGCGCGACGAAAGGUGGCACCGGUAGAGGAGGAUGCCUUCCGCCCGAGCCUUCUACGCAGAGCAGAGACCUUUGCGGCGACUUCGGCUUCAUACACGGUCCGGAAUGUCACGCAGUUCAGCGAUGAUGACUCUCCUCGACGAUCAUCCGCUCACAAAGAGUCCAGAAAGUCCGCCGAACCCCCUCCAAGUCGUACUCGAGAUAAGUCGGGCAGAGAUAGGAGAUCGCCACCAGCACCUUCAAGAGAUGCGUAUAUUGUCGAGCCUCCCUCGCCCCCACCUACCUCGAGGAAACCUACCCUUCAGACUCACACCUCCGCGCCACCCAUCCUACCCUACCUUGGGCGCGAAAAGCCCGCACGUUCACAGACGCAAGAUUAUCCGCGGACAGAGACCAUCCCUCCUCUUUCCAGAGCGCAGACUUUCCAAUCUGGCGAUCGAAGUCGGGAACGAGCGAGUGGCAGCAGGUUGAAGAAGCCAGUCGAGUACUCCAGCGAGGGAUCGGACUCCGAUGAUCAACCCAAACGUCGUUCAUACAGUCCCCCGCCACGUCGACCUGCGGAACCCACUCGCUAUAUCAUUGAUAACGGCCGUACCAUACCGGUCUCUCGUCACCGCUCUGAGCUUCACAAUAUAGAUGAUGAACGUAUCUACUCCCGUGACCGCAGUGAAUCCCCUCACGGCACUCACCGGAGCAGAGAGCGUCCUUCCACAUUGCGAACUCAUACUACUAGUGAGCGAUCGCGUGGUAUUCCCAUUCGUUCUGCAACGUAUUACACGCCUGACCCACCGGAGCCAAUAAUUCACACUGUGAGGCCACCGAAGGGGUCACCCAGGGAUAGCAGUCAUCGAGCUUCUAGCAGGGGUGGCGGCCCAUACUUCGGGGAAGUUAAAUUCGCCCCCAGCUACGGAGUGGAACAUGUUAUCUAUAGUGAGCACCCGGCGGAUAUUUAUCGAAGGGGGAGUGAUCCAAGUUCCCAGAGACGGGAUCACUACCCACAUCCGAGAGGUAGUGGGGGUCGAGAGGUAUAUGCCUCUUAA